UGAUGUAGCAGACUGCGUUACACGGUGGAAUAAACAGCCUCGUCUUCUUUGGGACUGACUGAUUCUGCUGACUACGUUGCCUGUUGGCUCUGUGACGAGGGUCCUCGGACUGCCCUCUCCGUUCCUUUCUUCCUGUGACGACGGUACAGGAUUCACUCAGUCCUCCGACUGCUCUCUGUUCCUCUCCGAUCCUCUCCUCUCGUGAUGAGGAAACAGGAUUAACUCAGUCCUCUGACUGCCCUCUCCUCUCCAUUCCUCUCUUUUCCUCUUCUCUGUUCCUCUCUUCCUGUGACGAGGGUACAGGAUUUCAUUUUUUUUUUUUUUUUAUCUUUAUUUAACUAGGCAAGUCAGUUAAGAACAAAUUCUUAUUUUCAAUGACGGCCUAGGAACUGUGGGUUAACUGCCUCGUUCAGGAUUAACUCAGUCCUCUGACUACAGACUAGACCUUGUCCUCGUCUAUUCAUCGGACUGAUUGGAAGGUACAGUAAAUUCAUGGAGCAGCAGCGGGGUUCAGGCCCUCCGGAGGGUGUGGUGACGGGGGUGCGGACCCCUCCCGUCAGGAGAAUCAGUAAACUGGACAGUCUGGGACAGAUCUUUAAACCCUGGAAAUGGAGGAAAAAGAAGAACGACAAGAUAAAACAGAACUCCACAGCUUUAGAGCGGAAGGCACUUGCGCGACAGACCCGGGAUGAACUGGCCAAUAGGGGCCUGGAGGGGAUUAAACCAGAGUUUUGUGAGGCGUGUGGGGGGUUAGAAGACCCUGACACUCCCAGCCAAUCUGACGCAGAGGAGAGAGAGGAGGAGGAGCCUUUGGCGCCCCUGGCAACCACCUCAGAGUACCUGGUCAGCGAUGAAGACAACCCAUCUACAGCUGUUGAUCUGACGGAAGACACUUUGACAGUGGCGGACCAGAGUGAGGACGGAGGGGAGGAGGACACUUCCCUCUGUGAGCCCUGUGUGGACAGCUUUCUGCUACAGGCUGAGACAGGAGGAGGGCAGGAGACACCUCACCCCAUAAACCCCCCAUGGGACCACCCACACCCCAACCUGCCCAAACUACUUACCAGGCUGGGCAGCCUAGAGGGUCCUCACCCCUUCCCUAAGUCGGAUCUUAACCUAGAGAGGAAGAAGUCUCCAGCCACUCUACCCAGGAACUUCACGUUGCCCAGGACUACCCAGGGUUCCUUGCUGCGAGGACGGAUCUCCACCCCUACCGGUUCCCCUCACCUGGGGCCGCUGCGACCCCCACCGCCCCCCAGCUGUAUUAUAGAGGAGCUACAUCGGGCCCUGGCCACCAAACACAGACAGCACAGUUUCCAACCGAAGGAAAUGAGCUCUUCUCCGAAGCGUCGGUCCGACAGUCGUCUGUGGCGUACAGCCAGCGUGGAGAAAGUCCCAACCGGAGGGAUGGAGAGGGAGAAGGAGAGAGAGAAGGAAUCAGACGAGAACAAGGAGAACAGACGUCUAGACGAGUUCUACAACGACCCUGACCGCUGGAAUGACUCCGUCAUCUCCGGCACCCUGCCACGGCGGAUGCGUAAGGAGUUGUUAACAGUGAAGCUUCGUAACCGGCCCAGUCAGCAGGAGCUGGAGGACAGAAACAUCUUCCCCGUUCGCUCAGACCUGGAGAGACUGGAGAUACGACAGCACAUAGAGACCAAGCUGGCCAAGCGGCUGAGCCAGAGACCCGCUGUAGAGGAGCUGGAAAGUCGGAACAUCCUCAAACAGAGGAACGACCAGUCAGAGCAGGAGGAGAGGAGAGAGAUCAAACAGAGACUCAACAGGAAGUUGAACCAGCGUCCUACAGUAGAUGAGUUAAGAGACAGGAAGAUACUGAUUCGUUUCAGUGACUAUGUAGAGGUGGCCAAGGCUCAGGACUACGACCGCAGAGCAGACAAACCCUGGACCAGGCUGUCUGCUUCAGACAAGGCAGCAAUAAGGAAGGAGCUGAAUGAGUUUAAGAGCAACGAGAUGGAGGUUCACAAUUCCAGCAAGCACCUGACAAGGUGAGUCUCAGGUUCCAUCGACCGUAGUGUAGAGGUAGUUUCUUCUGUGAAGAAGCAGCUGUGUGGUCAGUGUAGACCAUGUGACAGUCUCCUGUUCCCA